CCUUUCUUCCACAAGCAAGGUUUUUUCAUUUUUUUUUUCUGGAAAAUGGCGGCCAUGAGAUACAAAGGAAGCGUUUUCAUCACAUUCAUCUUCUUCUCUGUCGUCCUUCUUCAAUGCCCACUUGCUCACUCUUCUUCUACAUCAUCGUUCUUUUGGUUAGCAGAAACAGAAUAUAUGAACGCCAUGAAAAAGGAGCAUGAGAUUGAUGUUGGAUCAGCUAAUGAAGCUGAAGAAAGAAAAGUUCCUACUGGAUCCGACCCUCUCCAUCAUCACCACACUCCCUUUGCUUCUCCAUAGAUUAGUUGCUUUUACAUUUUCUGUUUCUCAUAAAUCAUAUUAGUCUGUAACACGUUUUAAUUCUAGAUUUUGGUUUUGUUUUUCCGAAUAUUAAUUUAUUUUCUGUUAUAAAAUGAUUAUUUGUUAGUGUA